UCACAAGGCUUCUUCCUGAGAAGGCAACCGGAACUUGUGCUUCCGCUGCGCUGAGGAAAAGUCGCUACCGGAAAAGCUCGCGCUGAGGGUCACCUGCCCCUCUAGGGUGAAAUAAGCACACCUGUUCUCUUGACUGGCCAACAAGUUCUCAAUUUUCAAGGCGUACCUUCCAUCAGGAAGCUGGUGUGAACCUACAGUGAACUUCUGAACGUCGUAUUUGGUCUUGACCAGGUUGCCCUGGUCAUAGGGUCUUGAUUAUCUACAAUGGGUGAACCUCAGCAAGUGAGUGCACUUCCACCGCCUCCAAUGCAGUACAUCAAGGAAUAUACAGAUGAAAAUAUUCAGGAAGGCUUAGCUCCCAAGCCUCCCCCUCCAAUUAAAGACAGUUAUAUGAUGUUUGGCAACCAGUUCCAGUGUGAUGAUCUUAUCAUUCGCCCUUUGGAAAGUCAAGGCAUUGAACGGCUUCAUCCUAUGCAAUUUGAUCAUAAGAAAGAACUGAGAAAACUCAAUAUGUCUAUACUGAUAAAUUUUUUGGACCUUUUAGAUAUCUUGAUAAGGAGCCCUGGGAGUAUAAAACGAGAAGAAAAGCUAGAAGAUCUUAAGCUUCUUUUUGUGCAUGUGCAUCAUCUUAUAAACGAAUAUCGACCCCACCAAGCAAGAGAGACAUUGAGAGUCAUGAUGGAGGUCCAGAAACGUCAACGUCUUGAAACAGCCGAGAGGUUUCAGAAACACCUGGAACGAGUAAUUGAAAUGAUUCAAAAUUGCUUGGCUUCUUUGCCUGAUGAUUUGCCCCAUUCAGAGGCAGGGAUGAGAGUAAAAAAUGAGCCAAUGGAUACUGAUGAUAACAGCAAUUGUCCUGGACAGAAUGAACAACAAAGAGAAAAUUCAGGUCACAAGAGGGACCAGAUUAUAGAAAAAGAUGCUGCCUUAUGUGUUCUAAUUGAUGAAAUGAAUGAAAGACCAUGAAGAUUAUUUCUUUUCUUUUAGUAAGUAGCAUCAUGUAUUAGUUUAUUUUUCUCAGACAGUCUUAAGAGGUAUACUAAAGAUAUAAAGAGACUUUUUA